GACAGCUAGCAGCCACCUAGCCAGGGAGAGGCUAUACCAAAGACAGUGCAUUAUGAAGAUACCUGGGCACACUUGUAGGCGACGUCGGCUAGCAAAACUCAUACGUAGAAUCACGUUAUCGGGUCGUCUCGCGUCGAACUGCGCAUAUGCAGGUCGUCAACUCAGAGGCACUCUUUCUAUAUAAAGUUGUUUUUGACGAAAAUGAAAACGUGUCAGUUUGUGAUUCUCACGGGUUUGGAGUCAUAACAAGUUCAACUACAUAAGACAUUGGCUCGAAUCUAAAUGGUUCCUUAGGAUUUCGAGAAAAUUAAUGAAUAAGUAAGAUCCUAUCUUUGGCUAUACGGACACACCUGGUGCCCAAAUUGAUGACGUAUCUAAGUAUAUCGCGCAGCUGAGUCAGGUGUGGAAUUUUGCAAUUGUUUUAGAUGCUGCUUGAUUAUUGAGGAACGUGUCAAGACCCGGGCCUUGUUUCAGAAAGCAAGUUUAACUAACUCUGAGUUUAAACCUGAACUCUGGGUUGACUGACUCUGAGCUGUCAAACUCAGAGUUUUCGGUUUCAGAGCAGGUGAUAACAAUUAGUUAAAUCAAAGCUUGGUUAACUUAACCCUGAGUUAAACACGUGUAUGAGGAGCUAAAGAGCCAUCAUCAAUGGAAUGCAGAUAACAUGAUUAAUCAUGGCAACAGGAGAAAAGGUAUCGAACCUCCUACUUCUCCCCAGUGGAGUUUGAAAUGUUAACGAGCGCGUAUGCAGAAUAUGUGCAUAUAUUUAAGACCAAUAAAUAAAUGCCGUAGCAGCAGCAAAAUAACGUGAGUUUGCGUGGCAGAAAAUUGCUGACCAAGUCAAUGCGCACAAAACCUACUUGGCAGCCACUGAAGAUGAAAUAUACAAAUAUACUUCAAACAGUAGCGGAGACAUACCCUUGCACUGAAUGCUAGAGAUGAUAUGACUGAUAUGGUAACAGGGAGAUGGACAAGCCCCUCGCUGAAGUUGUUCAUAAUGAUGCUUCAGCAUCAGGGAUUCAGCCUGUCCGAGAUCAGUGCGUCAGCCUUUGUGCCCUGCCUGUCCCCACCUGGAACACUCACGCUCGAGGACUUCACCAACUUCACUCCCCUGGUAAAGGAGGAGUUGCGCUACGCUAUUCAGCACAGGCGGCUGUCCAACGGACUGAGUACCGAUAUCAUGAGCGACUGUGCAAGCUCAAGUUCAGACAGACCGUCAGAAGCCACAAGUGUCAAGAGACUGGCGACCCCGGAGGAAAGCGAGAGGAGGAAAAGAAGACGAGAAAGAAACAAAGUAGCUGCUGCCAAAUGUAGGAAUAAGAAGAAGGAAAAAACGGAUUGUCUGCUAAAGGAUCUGACCAAACUACUAUUCCAGGAGUCUGAGAAACUAGAGUUGGUGAACAGUGAGUUGAAGGCCCAGAUUGAGGAGCUGAAGAACCAGAAGCAGCAGUUAGUCUACAUGUUGAACCUCCACCGGCCCACCUGCAUCGUACGGGCCCAGAACGGCCAGACCCCUGAGGACGAGAGAAACCUAUUCAUCCAGCAGAUCAAGGAUGGAACCCUGCAGAUGGGUCAGCUUGAUCACCACCACACCUCAGUGUCAACUGCUUGUGGCCAUCUCUGAUCCACCCACUCUGGGGUAGUAGGAUACUACUUACACACUCAAGCACUCACCUUCCCCUGGCUACUGCACUCUGUACCUGCAUCAAGUGAAGGCUCUUUCAGGCCAUCAAAGCAAAGGAGCUUUACACGUUCCGCUCCUCAACAUAGUGACUGCAGCUGGGUUGGUGAUAAGAGGAAGGACUGGACAGCACAAGGACGGACACCCCGUGUUCCACCUAGGGUGGCUUGGGCUGUUCCGGCACAUAGGGCGAAUGUCAAAGCACUAAAACAUAGAAAUACAUCUAAUGUAUUUAUUGUUUCCUUAAAUCUUUUACAAUUUUAUUUGAGGUAAAUUACUGUUUCUCUAUUUUUGUACUAAAGCAUGAUGUCAAAGUGGUAAAGGCACAUGAUUUCACUGGUCAGUUGAGAUAUAUGCUUGUUGAGGAAAAAUACUACUUGUAUAAGCUAUCUUUAUGGCACACAAUACACGUGGAGAGAUAUUAAUGGCUGUGUACUGUGUGUGACAUUGAUAGCUGUGUUUUUACUGUCAUAUUGAAAGUUUUUUGCAUACGUAGGUAUGAAGUGUUUGCUGUUAUUGAAUAUAUUCUGUAUUAGCUCUGGCUAUAGCUCACUUUCUUCCCCCUUGACUAGCCUAACAAAAACCUCUGAAGCUGCUACUACUACCACUAACUCAGACAAUACAGGUGUAGUUCAUAUCACAGGAACCCUCUAAUAAGAGGACAAUAUAGGGAGUGCAUGUAAUGUUGAUUCACUUAGAUAGCAUUUCAUUUAACUUACUGACAGACAAUGGCACUGUUAGACCCGGAACUCUUUUCUUGAAAAUCAGUCAUUACAUUUCUGUAAGCUGGUGUAUUCUGACUAGACCCUGAUUUCGUAGUGAUCUGUCGUAUUUUCUCUGAAAUGUUGAAGUUAUGCUUGUGUGUUUCCUAUUACAUUUUGUUCAUGUGUAUACAAGUGUGUAUUUACUGUAUAACAUAUAUGUAAACCAACUUACACCUCCCUAUUGUCUUCAAAAAGGUGUUUGUUUGUGUUAUUGAAGCUGGACUUAUCAAAUAGAACCACUAGGUAUAAGUAGCUAGAUAUCUAAGUGGAAUUAUUUAGCACUAUGCUUGUCUGAGGUUCUCACUUUGAAGUCUUGGAAGAUGACAUGAAUUGCCUCAGUGUUUGGCUGCAAUUACCAAGUCACUGCCAAACAACCCCCUUCCCUCUUCCCUCAGUCCAUUGGUUAUGCUGCCACUUCCUCUUGGUAGGCUCAUUGCGCAAACAACACAUUUUUAUGAUCAAUAGUAGCUUUUGUCUCUAUAUUCAUGUGUGGUUUAUGGUAAGGUACUGUUUAUCUGUGUGUGUUUGUGAGUAAACGUUUGAGAGGAAGACGGUGAGAGACGCAGGCGUCCAUGUGUUUUAUUUGUUUUUGUGUAGUUCAGAGUUUCGUGUUCAAACAGGCAUGCUAGUCAUGGCUGGGGGCUUACUACUGAAAUACUUCAUUUGAAGGAUGACACGCCUGUUUUAUGUUCUUCAAUACCUGUCUUGUUUUUCUGUUUCACCUUCCAUUUUCUUCUCUCACUUAAACAUUGUUCACUAAAAGUAUUCGUGUAAUGAGAAAUAUCACAUUGUAUCAAGUCCGGUAAAACCACAAGAUGAAACCAAUUAAGUACUCAAUUCUAUUCUGUCUUUUGAUUUUUCUGUUUUUGAUACUUUGUUAAUAAAUAUAUAUAUAUAUACUUCAAA